AAGAGGGUUCUGUCAUUCCCUCCCUACCCCGGGGAUUACCUCCAUCCUGUGGUUUAUGCCUGUACAGCUGUCAUGCUGCUGUGUCUGCUGGUCUCAAUCAUAACCUACAUACUACAUCAUAGUGAUAUCCGUAUCAGCAGGAAUGGAUGGCACACACUCCUCAACUUCCUGUUCCACACCGGAUUGACAUUUGGAGUUUUUGCUGGUGGGAUCAAUCAGAUCAGCUUACCACUCGUGUGUCAGACUGUUGGCAUCGUGCUGCAUUAUGCAUCUUUGUCUACUAUGAUGUGGCUCACAUUCACUGCCAGGAACAUCUGCAAAGAUGUCUCCAAAGACCCCCUCCACCUCCCAGAUCGCCAUGGCCCCGCCCAAACCCGGGCCAAACCCACCAUUCUCAGGUUUUACCUGGUCAGUGACGGUGUCCCUCUCAUCAUUGUUGGCGCCACGGCGGCGUUCGGUUUGGAGAACUAUGGCAGCAGAGAAGGCGCUUUGUAUUGCUGGAUGGCAUGGGAGCCGAGUCUGGGAGGUUUCUACGCCCCUGUGGGUCUCUUGGUCCUAAUUAUGUUUGUGUACUUCCUGUGCACCUUCAUCCAACUCAAACGCCAUCCAGAGAGAAAGUACGAAUUGCGCAUACUGAGCGAGGAGCACCAGCAGCUUUCAUCCAGCGAGUCCAACCAUCACUGCCACACCGACCCAGGGGCGUCUGCUGGAACAGCCUCAGACUGUCCCACAUUUGCCACAGGUGUCUCAGUUCUGGCCAAUGAGCACUCAUUUAAAUCUCAGCUACGGGCGACAGCCUUCACACUUUUCUUGUUCAUGUCGACCUGGGCGCUGGGAGCACUGGCAGUGUCUCUGGGUCACUUCUUGGAUAUGAUCUUCAGCUGUCUGUAUGGAGCUUUCUGUGUCACUCUAGGACUCUUCCUGCUCAUCCAGCACUGUGCCAAACGGGACGACGUGUGGCAUCGCUGGUGGGCAUGUUGUCCGUCAAAAUCUAAGAGCGAUGAGGUGAGUGGAGAGGGACAAAGCCACCUGCAGGAAGUCCAUCAGCCUCACUGCCAGCUAAGUUCACCAUGUUCAGGGAAACAGCCACUGCCCUCCCCUCACCUGCAGAAUUCUUACAAACUGUCCUCGCCUCUACAGAGCCCCACAGCCAAUCAGACGGCCCCCUGCUGUGUCUCCACGGUAAGUCCUGUUAGUCCCAUUCCAAUUUCCCCCCUUGCUGAGCCACUGUCUUUGCCCCAUCCACAGUCUCUCUCUGAUGAGCUCCCCCGCCCCAUGCUGCCUCUCCAGAGCUGCCUUAGCAACCGAGCAAAGUCCCGCUCCUUCAAUAGGCCCCGCCCCUGCCUGCAGGACUACCGCUCCCACCUGGCGUCCAGCAGUAUGGAUGGAAGCAUGCACAGUUCUCACUUGGACAGUCCACAUGCUGUGCCUCACCUGGACAGCUCCUCACCUGUUCCCAGCAGUCCACACCCUGAGCUCCAGCUGCCCUGCCCAAGUCCUCACCUGGAUCAGCAGCUGGCAUCCUGCCAAAGCUUGCAACGCCAGACAUCCUGCCAUAGCGUGCAGGACUCCCUUGCUGCUUGUCACAGCCAUGUACCCAACCUGCAUGACAGCAUCACUUCCUGUCAUAGCCUUCUUCUGCCUUCUCAAGGGAUCCACACCUGUCAGUGGCACCUGUACAGCUCUGCCGAUCAUGCGUCCUCCACCAGCUGCUGUGAAAAACCCGACGCCUUCUCCCCAGAGUACCAGCACAACUCAGACAGGUUCUCUUCAAAUAUCGGAGAGAAAGAAAAGGACAGUCUGAACGUCGAGCUGGAGUACAAAGUUUAUCCUCGAAACACUCUGCCACGACCGCAUCAUGGCGUCAGCCGAAGAGGAGCCAUCGGACGAAAUCGUAGCCUGCAGGAAGACGGCCUGUUUGGUUCCGAUGCCACAGGAAACAUCCGGACUGGCCCCUGGAAGAAUGAAACCACUGUGUAG